GAUAAAAAAUGACAUAAAUAAACGCAUAAAACUGUCAAUCCCCCAAAAUUAGAAGGGAGGGCAAGUUAUCAAGAUGGCCUAAUAGCACAAUGUUUGUAAACACACAGAAUGGAGGGCGAGGAGGGAGGGCCGCCCGCCGAGCCUCUGAGAAGAAAGGCGGCUACAGAGGCUACUAUAAACAUGAGCAAGAGAAAUGCCACCAGAAUGAAGAGAGUUUCGUCAAUCCUGCGCAAGAAGAAUGACUCGCUCACACUGGACGACCGACAGGUGCUGGAGGAGAAUGCUGAGCUGGUGGAGGAGUACCACAAGAGGCGGCAGAAGAGAGCAAUGUGGCAGUCACGUAAGACAGAGCAGGAGGACACAGCUGAGGUUCUCCAGGCUAAGUGUGAGGAGCUGGCCCAGGCAAUCCAUGACUCAGAGUUCCUGGUGGCGUACACAGGCGCUGGCAUCUCCACGGCAGCUUCCAUUCCUGAUUAUCGCGGCCCCAAUGGUAUCUGGACUCGCCUGCAGAAGGGACAGGACAUCGGGCACCACGACCUCUCAGCUGCCGAGCCGACCCUGACGCACAUGGCCCUCUCAACCCUCUACCAGCAAGGCAUUGUGCACCAUGUUGUCUCCCAGAACUGUGACGGCCUGCACCUGCGCUCUGGCCUGCCCAAGUCUGCACUGUCGGAGGUGCAUGGGAAUAUGUACAUUGAGGUGUGCAUCCACUGUGUGCCAGCAAGGGAGUAUGUGAGAACCAUGGACGUAACAGAGAAGACCUCCACCUUCAAGCACACCACCGGCAGGCGCUGCUACAGGUGUGGUGAGCCGUUAAUUGACACCAUUGUGCACUUUGGGGAGCGAGGGCGGCUGCGGUGGCCCCUCAACUGGCAGGGUGCUUGUCAGGCUGCCAAUGCGUGUGACACCAUCCUCUGCCUCGGCUCCAGUCUCAAGGUGCUGAAGAAGUACCCUUGGCUGUGGCAGAUGGGACGCUCCCCAAAGAAGAGACCAAGACUGUACAUUGUCAACCUGCAGUGGACACCCAAGGAUAAGGAUGCCACUCUCAAGAUUAAUGGCAAGUGUGAUGAGGUGAUGGCAAGGGUGAUGAAGGCUCUGGGAUUCAAGUUACCACGUUACUCCAAGGCUAGUGACCCAAUCUUCACCCUGGCCACUCCCCUGCACCCUGCUGAGGCCAACACUGCCUCCCGUGCCUGCCUUGUACCACCACAAGAGGGAGAUGAGGAAGAGGAGGAGGAGGAGGAAGAGGAGGAGCUGGAUGUGGAGAAUAUGGAUGAAAAUAUGGAUGAAAAUGUGGACGAGAAUGGUACUGAUGGGCAUAAGGAUGAAGAAAGAUUGGAGGAAGCGUCACAGAACAGAGAGGAGAGUAGGAAGAGGAAACUGGAUAAGAUAGAGAGCACAAAGAUUGAAGUGAAGGAGGAGAAGUGUGAGGUGAAGGAGGAGAGUAAGGAGGAUGUGAAGCCUAUUAAUGGACUCCACAUGCCCUGGGAAACUGAAAAACUGCUCGUUGGUCGCAGCGAAGAUGGCGUGAGUGAACCCAAGUACUUGAAAACUGAAGAUACUGAUUGUGAGAGCAAACCACUGCUGGAGGCUAAGGAGGAGUUGAAGGAGGAGGUUAAGGAAGAGGUUAAGGAGGAGAAGGAGGAGGAUCUUGUGCCUGAGAUCAAGGAGGAGGUGGAGGAGGUGGAAGAUGUGAAGGAUAUGGAGACUCUGAGUGACACGGGGAGUCGGGAGUUUGACAUGGAGACUGACACAGCAGCAGAGACCAGCCUGAAGGAUGAGGAGCAGGAGGAGGCAGGGCAGCAGGGCACCACAGAUGAUGAGGUGAAGAGUGAGGCCAUGGAUAGUGACGGCGAUGAUGGCGAUGAUGGUGAUGACGGUGACGAUGGUGAUGAUGGUGAUGCUGAAGAGGACUUCCACACAUCUGACAUGGAGGGGGAGCCUUGGGAACACAUGCCAGACACCGACAUUGACAUCACCGACAUUACAUCCCCUAAGAGCAGUGUCAGUUGCUGCUCCGACUCUGAAUCAAGUGAGAAAGGAGAGGACUGUCACACUGAGGACUCUGACACGCCAGAGCAGACCAAGGAGAACCAAGUGGACUAUUUUAAGCUUGCCUAUGCGUCCACAAACGUCCAGAUGGCUCGGCAGGGACAGGCGCUCUUGAAGCAGAAUGAUUUUUAUGGCACCGGCCUCUGCAUCAGGUCCUUCGUCAACUACCCCAAGGCCGGAGUGAAGGUAGCGGGUGGCGGGUGCAGCCGAGAGGUGCUCAAGGGUCCAAGGAAAAGAGAGUGUGAGGCGCGGAGUGAAGUGUCUGUCCCAGGUUUCGAGAAUCAUGAUGGCUCUAGUCUUCCCAGUGUACUUCCCGGCCACUGCCAGUCCUCAGAGGCCCUCAGCUCCAGUGACAGUAGUGAGGGCCCCUGUGAGUGUGUGAGUCAGGUGUUGUCCUCUUCCAGUGGUGGUGGUGGUGGUGGUGGUGGUGGUGGUGGUGAUGAUGGUGGUGGUGGUGAGUCCCGUUCUAGCUGUAGCAAGUGUAAAGGUCGCGACAAGUCUGGCGGAUCUGUCUCCCCUGAUGUGGUGUCUGUGGUGAGCAGUGUGGUGGAGGUGGGCACGCUGGACAAGGAGAAACUCAGUGAGCCAUGCGUCAAGGACACCAGUGAGUCGGGGAAUGAGCUGAGCCAAGACUUGAGUCGCGAGGAUGCGGUGGUAAAGGCGAACAACGUGCUGUGUGGCAGGGGACUGGAUCUCACCCCCGGCAUGGCGGCCGAUGGGAGCUUCUUGCUGCGGACGCGCAUUGUGGAUGGCAUCAUCACCACCACGUGUGUGGAGGCCAUGGACAAGCAGGAUGGGCCAGCCGGCAUCCCAUAUCUCACAGCCCCAGCGGUCCGCAAGGCUCCUGUUGCCUGCUCCUCCCAGGGCGAGGUGGCCCGGGUGUCUGUGCCAUGCCUCAGCCUCCGCCAGAAGGCCCUGGUGCCGGCCAACAAGUCGGCCAUCUACAUUGACAACUCUGUGUCCAAGGUACAUGUCAAGGCCCUCACAGAACACCUGCAGUGCCAGCGCUCCCGGGCAAAAUUUUCCUCUGAGUUGAGCACGGCUGACAGCGCCGAGCUCAAGUCCAUCUGGUACCAGAGCUUCUGUGGACCCAACAAGGACAGCCUGAGUGCGCUCACCGUCAUGAUGGAGAUGAACGACUGCAACCUGGGCCGGGACUUGAGGCAGGGCUUCCACUCCAAGACAUCCAAGCUGUUUGCCAGCUCAGAGAAGUCCAGCUCGGUGAUCUUAAAGAACAUCUGUGCCGAGGCGGUGAGUGACAGCGCUGCGCAGCACCGCAGCUCUCCCAAGGCACUCAAGGGCUCUGACGACGACGAUGUCAAGUGCAUCUGGUUCUGGGGCUUCGACAGUAGUGCUGAGGGAAAGGAGAAGGUGGUGGCAGUGGCGGCGGCAGGCCCAUCAGAGAGUGAUAUGCCGGAGACUGACCCGCCGGCAGAAAAUGGCGAGGACUGUCACCCCAUUGGGAGAAUAACGCGCAGCAGAACCAGAGCCUCGUGUGAUGCCUCCAGCCAGCAGCAGCAGCAGGAGGAGGAGGCAUUCAGGUGUCACUGCAGUGGCAGCAACCCAGAGCUGUGUCGCAUAGCCAGCCUGCGGCCAUCACAGGGACGCUGUGAUGAGGCCAUCCAGCGGGCGCGGGACAUCAUCAGGCGGAGACGCACAGUCAACUAUCGCAGGUAUGAGCCGGUGUUUGAGAAGAAGCUCACUAGUCUGACCUAUGAGAGAACCAGAGCAAAACGCAAGUCGAAAUUUGAGUUACUGGCGCCAGUGACGACAACACACCACAAGGAGGAGGAGGAGGAGGACCAUCACCACCAUCACCACCACCACCAUUCGCCUGAAGGGGACAAGGAGGAGGAGCACAAAGCGAGUGAUGGGGAGGAGUGUAGAGACAAGGAUGAGAAGGGGGAGAGGAAGUUUGUCCCUGGCUGGUAUGGCAAAGGGCUGAGGAAAGGUAUGAAGAAGAAGUCGAGAGUGUGAGGGUUCGAGUCUUUAGCCAGCUUGUCAAUAUUCUCAUUAAUUGUUGUUGAGUUAGGUGUAGAGAGUGUUAGAGGGGUUGAUGUCUCACUUGAACCUUGCAUGAAGACUUUGUGAGAUGAUAAAUGUCUGAGAGAUUAGGCUUGCAAGAGAGAGAGAGAGAGAGAGAGAGAGAGAGAGAGAGAGAGAGAGAGAGAGAGAGAGAGAGAGAGAGAGAGAGAGAGAGAGAGAGAGAGAGAGAGAGAGAGAGAGAGAGAGAGAGAGAGAGAGAGAGAAUGAUAGUGUGUGUGAGAGAAAGCAAAAGAGAGAAAGAUAAUGUGCAUAUGAGAGAGAAAAUGAGAGAAAUAGUGAAUAUGUGCACAUGUGAAGAGAGAGAGAAACUAUGUGUGUGUAUGAGAGAGAGAAAGACAGAGAUUAUGUGCGAGAGAGAGAGAAACAGUGUAUGUAUAUAUAUGUGAGAGAGAUAGACAGAUAGAAAGCUAAUGUGUGUGUGUUCUUGCAUGUGUAAGUAUGCGUGUGUGUGAAUGUGUGAGUGACCUAUCAUCUCAGGAGUGGGUCAGUAGCAGUACCUGAGAAAAGGCUCAGUUUGUUGAAAGCCUCAUAAGGAAGUUGGUGAUAUAGAUAAUUAAAGUUAAGGUUGUACUUAGCCCUGUAUUGUGGUGCGGAGGGGGGAGUGAGGGGGGAGGUUCUCUUUUUUUGACUUGUUUGUGGCCUGUGUGUGUAUGUGUGUGUGUGUGUGUGUGUGUGUGUGUGUGUGUGUGUGUGUGUGUGUGUGUGUGUGUGUGUGUGUGUGUGUAGAAAAGAUGGUAAUAGAGAUGAAAUAAUAAGAAAAGAGAAGGAAGAUGAGAAGGAUGAAGGAAGGAAGGAUGGAAGAUAGGAGGACAUAAAUGUGUGUGUGUGUGUGUGUGUGUGUGUGUGUGUGUGAAGAGAAGCAGUAGAGAUAUAACACUGAUGGAAUAAGAAAGAAAAGAGAGAGAGAAGAAGGAAAGAAAAUGGAAAAAAGGAAGGCAUGUUUGAGUGUAUGCAUGUGUGUGUGUCUGUGUGUCUGUGUGUCUGCAUGCAUAAGUACUGUGGCUAAACUGUGCAUCUUUCAACUCAGCCUCUCCUCUAUGCAUCUUCAGUUUAUGGUGACACAAAACAACCUGCACUGAAUGAUGUGUAUCUGUGUGUCUCCAUUGUAGCCUUCAGUCCGAGAACACAAGCCAGUCACUCAUUGCUUCCCUCACUCUUGUCAUGCCAUCUCAUUGACUCAGCCUUGGAGGACUUGAUUACUGCUGUCUCUGUAUUGUUCAGCUCAUUUACUUAUUUAUGGAAAAACUCAAUUAUUUCUGUCACUGUUGUAUCAUGUUACUCAUUCACUCAUUUUGUUACUCAUCCUUGAAAAAAAAAAGAAUUGAUAACUUCUGUCUGUGUAUUAUUCAGCUCAUUCAUUCAUUCAUUCAUUCUUGGAAAAACUCAAUUAUUUCCAUCACAAUUGUAUUAUUUCAUUCACUUACUCAUUCAUUUAUUGACUCAUCCUUGAAAAAAACUGUCCUUUAUGUCAGUCACUGUACCAUUUCACACUCGCUGACUCACUCUUCAUAAAUCUAUUACUUCCAUCACUAUUGUAUUCUUUCACUCACUCAUACCUCAUUUUUUGACUCGUCUCAGUAAACAGUAUCUCAUGAGCCACCUCACAGGAUAUUAUCAACAGUAUUUGGUCUGUGUGUUUUAUUUUUAUUAGUUUAGUACAAGUGCAUGAGAAAACACAGCACAGGAGUGGCCGAUACUGUGAAAGUCAAGGCACUGUUCUGUAGCAUCACUUAUGCAUUCACUUAGUCCUUUAUUUAAUCCCUGGUCUUAUUCACUGUAAUGUAACUCUCUUUAAAAACAUCCAAUACCUUUUAUUUUAUCAGCGAUCUUAUUUUUUUCCAGUCUAGCAUUCUUUCAAGUCAUCAAAUCUUUAUUUUACUACUGAUCUUAUUCCAUGUAACAUAACUAUAAAACAUCCAAUUUCUUUUAUUUUAUCUUAUUUCUUUCAGUCUAGCACCCAUGAAAACACCCAAUUCCUUUAUAUUUUAUCACUGAUCCUCUUCCCUAUGAUCGAAUAGCUUUUGAAUUCAGCCAAUCCCUUUUGUAGCAUCACCAGAACUUAUUUCUAUAACUCAUUCCCUGCUAUUUGGUACAUUUGCCCCUAAUCACUAGCCACUCUGAGACGCAUCUUAUUCUACAGCAACCAGAAUGUUAACCUGGCUGGAAAUUGCAAGAUCUAUUUCAUCCCUUACUUCAGAGUGUUUAUGAAGAUUUCAUGCUUUGCUUUUAGUGUGAAUUGCAUAUUGCAGUGAAAGUAUUAAGCUCCUAAGUUUAAGACUCCAUCCUUUUUUCAAGCUUGACCUAUUAAGUUACACUCCAUUCUUUUCUUCAGUCUUUUUCCCUAAACAUUUAGACUUCAGCCUUUACUCAAGCUCCUUCAGACCACAGGGAAACACUUCACUUCAGAUCUCUGGGCAGUGUUAAGUCAGUGGCGUGGCGUGUGACCCGAGGAAGGGAGUCGAGGGAGGCGCUGCUUCUCAGAGUGCUGUAUUUUGUACCAGUAAUCUUGUAGUGGUACUGUAAGGCUUUCUGAUGUAGGGUUAGUGUAGUAUACAGCUGCCACCACCGCUGCCGCCUUGCUGGUGUUGUGUGGUGCUUGACUUGUGUUCCUCAGUGCUCAGUUCUCUUGUUACGUCAGUUUCUUGAGACCACAAAGAUGGUUAGCUGGGUUCUCAUUGAUGUUUUUUCUUAUUGACGGUGUAGGGUUACUUGAUUUAUGUAUGUAUCUCCUGAGUCGUGAAAAUGCUCUCAAAAACUCUAAUAACUUCCAAUAUAGCCUGUUUCUUAAGGCCACAGUGAUGGUUGACUGGGUUCUCAUUGGUAUUUCUUCUUAAUGACAGUGUAGAGUUAUCUGAUAUAUGUAAUUCCUAAGUCAUGAAAAUGCUCUUGAAAACUUUGAUAACUUCCACUCUAGCCUAGAAUCAUGAAAAAUCCAAAUCAUAUCCACUGUAAUACUUCUAAAUAAUCCCUAGAGUCAUGAAAACAUUAAUAAUUUGCAGCAGAGCCUAUUAUAUUCUCCCUAGAAACAUGAAAACCCUAAUAACUUCCACUAUAUGCUGUUAGACUUUCCCUAGAACCAUGAAAACCCUAUUAACUUUUACUACAAACUGUUAAACUACCAUAGACUCACAAAAAACACCCUUGAGAACUCCCUUCAACCACCAAACACUUGCACUAGAGCCGUCAAAAGCAGGCAAGACAAGAUAGGACACGGGCACUCAAGAACACACUAUGAUAUACUAUCUGUAUUUAUCCCAGAGUCUAUGAGAAUGUAAGACUGUUGAUUUAUGAAGUGCAUCAGCUGGCACAACUAAUUCCUCCUCCUCCUCCUCCUCCUUUCCCUUCUCUUAGUGUCUUAGGUGUUAAGGUCGUAGCUUACUGGAUUCCUCAAUUUGAUGAUCACUGCCUACUUAUUGUUAGGUGUUUGCUGCUUCGCCUCCAGUCAGCGAGCGAUGGCACUCAGGAACCCUUACCUCGUAUGUGUGUGUGUGUGUGUGUGUGUGUCUGGGACCGCCUGCCACUCAAGAAGGAUGUGUGGUGGUGUGUGGGAUGGUCAGGCUGUGUAGGGCUUGUGAGAUGGUGAGGGAUGGUGUGGGAUGGUGGUGUCAGGCUGUGUAGGGUUUGUGGGAUGGUGUGAGGUGGUGUGUUAAGGGUGUCAAGGGGUUGUAGGGUGAAAAAUAAGGUCAGAUUUGAAAGAUGGUGUACUGAAGGAGUGUUGAAAUAAUUUUAGGAUUAUAGAGUGAAGAACAAGUUCAGAUUUUUAAGGUUAUGUGUUCGGGAUGUGUGUGUCAGGAUGUGUUCAGGAUUACCUAAGUCAGAGUCAAAACAUGAUGUGUUGAGGAGUUUGGGUGUGUCUAGAAUAGUGGGGAAUGGGAUAAGGUGAUGUGUUGGGUGUGUGUUAUAAAGACAGACUAGCUCAGUGUGUUGGAAAGUGCUUUGGUGUGUGUGUGUGGGUGUGUGUGGAGGCUGAAGGGUGUUUGCACGAUUCUGAAGCUUAGGAUAAAUAUGAGAGUAUGAGAGAGACAGAGAGACAGACAGAGAGCUGGUGAAGCAGUAUUUGUAAUGUUUGUGGUGUUGAGUUAGCGAGAGUAAAGAGGACAAGUUGAAAUGUCUAUUUGAGGUGUAAAGUAUUAGUUUCUGUUUGUGUUUUCUUGUAAAACUGUGUUUAAGAAAUCCUUUUUCUGACCACCUCUCUUCUGCCUCACACACUCAAGUUAAGAAAAACACACACAAGUUGAAAUGUUAGAAAUGUAAAGUAUUAAUAUAAUUUUGUGUUUCAUCAUAAAAUUGCAUUAUAUUCGAGAUCAUAUUUCUAACCAUCUUUCCUAUGCCUCACACACCCAUAUCCCACAAAUUUACACACACAUGUAUACACACCCUCACACACACACACACACACACACACACACACACACACACACACACACACACACACACACACACACUAUCACUUGGUCACUCUACAGAACAUGAGACAUCCCAAAUCCUCUUGCAUCCUGAAGUUUGAGUCAUAAGUUCUGAAGUAUAAAGGUUUUUGUUAAUGCCCUUCUUUAGCUGAUAAGAAAGUGAUGCUAUGCUGGAAAAUAAUUUGUGUUUAUGGUGUUUUUUUGUGUGUUUUUGUGUGUGUUUUGGUUUUGUGUUACUGGUUUGUUGAUAUACGUAAUUCAGGUUUAUGUAUACUGUAUAUGCGUCUGUCUAUCUCUCUGUUUGUCUCUUUUUCUUAGAUUUAUCAGUUUUAAACAGUAUGUAAUUUUGUUUUAUAUAUUUACUGUUUGUCUAUCUUCCUGAACGACCACCACCACCACCACCACUACCACUACUACUACUACUACUACUACUACUACUACUAAUACUACUACUACUACUACUACUACUAUCCACUUCCUGACUACCACUCAAGCCAAACCCCACAGAAGAAAAUUUGAAAACAUACCUUAUCAAAACAAUGCCAAAAACACCCAUUGUAACACUGCAACACUGUACUAAACAUUCCCUGCACCACCACAACACUGGACCUUCCUCUACCGUGAAAGGUGCAGUGACUGGUGUAGCAUUGCAGCACCCACCUCCCCGUCACUGUUGGGAGGGAGAGAACGUAAAACUGUCACUAUUUUUCUUUCAAUACUUGGAAAUUUUUUGGGGUUGUGUCUGAAAAUGAUCUUGGUUUAUUUUUUGUUUUUAAUUUUUCUUUGGUGGUUUGAAAAUUACUCUUUUUGGAAGUAUACAUCUAUUUUUUUUUUUUUGCAUGUGUCUGAAAAUUAUGAGUUUUAUUUGAAUUUACGUAUUUUUGGGGGUAUGGUCUGAAAAUUGUUUUUAUUUGGGUAUAAUUAUUUUGAUUUUGGAUAUGAGUAGUUGGGAAUUUCUUUAUAUCCAAGAAUACACGUUUUCUUUUGGGUAACAGUCUGAAAAUAUUGGUUUUUAUUUGAGUACACAUAUAUUUUAGGUGUGGGUGUAGUUUUUCUUAAGGAAGUGUAUGUAUUAGUGUAAGUGACUGGUGAGUGUAUGGGUGUAGCACAGUCCACGUUGAUGUAUGGAGUGUAGGAUGAACAAUGGUGUAUAAUUUUUGCAUCUAUCUCAUUCAUUUCUGUCUGGUCUUGAAGAAAAUCCGUCAUUUGCAGGAUUUCUCACAUCACUCACUUGUCUCUAAGUUGAUGUAGGUUACUGUCCAGUCAGAAACAGAACAGUAACAUCUGAGGUCACUGGACUUCUGUAUAUACCCCCAAGUAUUAUUUAUGUCUUAUUUAUACCUAUAUUUAUGAGUUAGUACAGACAAGCCAGUUAGUGUUGCCUCACACGGCCGGGGCAGGGUGUGUGGCGGGGCAGCACGGCGCCCCACACAAGGCAGAGCGCGGUGCUGCAUCACACUUCAUGCAUAAUGUAGGAAAUUUUCUAUUUUUGUAUAUUUGCUUCCUGGUCUGACUAAAUUGCUCAUGUACAUAAUACUUUCUGCUAAUAAUAAGGUUCUACGUGAUGUA